CCGCAGCGUCAGCCCGGCGGGAUGAGCCGCGCCGGAAUGAGCCGCGCUGGAGCCAUGGGGAGCUGGCACCCAGCGUGGUGACCAGCGGUCAUGACAACAGAGACUGGCCCGGGCUCGGAGGUGAGGAACGCACAGGAAGAGGCUCCGCAGCAGCAGCUGGAGGCGGCUGCCCAGGGCCCCACGGCUGCGCCCAGCCCCGCCGGCCGCGAUUCYGACCCCCAUGAGAAGGCCGAGGCACAGCCCGACAGCCGGAACAUGGAACCGGGCACCGACAUGGAGGACAAGGACUACAGUGAGACUGAUGGACUCUCUGACAAAACAACCCCCAGCAAGACCCAGAAGUCACCCCAGAAAACCACCAAGAAAAUGAAGAGUGCCCUGUGCAGGGUGACCCUGCUUGAUGCCUCUGAGUAUGAGUGCGAGGUGGAGAAACACGCCCGAGGCCAGGUGCUCUUUGACUUGGUGUGUGAGCACCUCAACCUCCUGGAGAAGGACUACUUCGGCCUCACCUUCUGCGACUCAGACAGCCAGAAGAACUGGCUGGACCCCUCCAAGGAGAUCAAGAAGCAGAUCCGCAGCGGGCCCUGGAACUUUGCCUUCACCGUGAAGUUCUACCCUCCUGACCCUGCCCAGCUCACAGAGGACAUCACCAGAUACUACCUGUGCCUGCAGCUCCGUGCUGACAUCAUCACRGGCCGCUUGCCCUGCUCCUUCGUCACCCACGCCCUGCUGGGCUCCUAUGCUGUCCAGGCCGAGCUGGGUGACCACGACGCCGAGGAGCACGUGGGCAACUAUGUGAGYGAGCUGCGCUUCGCCCCCAACCAGACGCGGGAGCUGGAGGAGCGCAUCAUGGAGCUGCACAAGACCUAUCGGGGAAUGACCCCUGGGGAAGCAGAGAUCCACUUCUUGGAGAAUGCCAAGAAGCUCUCCAUGUAUGGGGUGGACCUACACCACGCCAAGGACUCGGAGGGCAUUGACAUCAUGCUGGGGGUCUGCGCCAACGGCCUCCUCAUCUACCGGGACCGGCUGCGCAUCAACCGCUUUGCCUGGCCCAAGAUCCUCAAGAUUUCCUACAAGAGGAGCAACUUCUACAUCAAGAUCCGCCCGGGCGAGUACGAACAGUUUGAGAGCACCAUUGGCUUCAAGCUGCCCAACCACCGCUCAGCCAAGAGGCUCUGGAAGGUCUGCAUAGAGCAUCACACCUUCUUCAGGCUGGUGUCCCCAGAGCCACCCCCCAAGGGCUUCCUGGUGAUGGGCUCCAAGUUUCGGUACAGCGGGCGCACGCAGGCGCAGACGCGCCAGGCCAGCGCCCUCAUCGAUCGCCCUGCGCCCUUCUUCGAGCGCUCCUCCAGCAAACGCUACACCAUGUCCCGCAGCCUGGAUGGAGAGUUCUCGCGCCCAGCCUCUGUCAGUGAGAACCAUGACGCCAGGCCCGAGGGUGAGAAGGCAGAUGAGGAUGGUGAGUUUGGCAGCAGGAGACGCUCUGAGACGGAGGACGAGGAGGUGACCACCCCAACAAAGAUCAAGGAGCUGAAGCCGGAGCAUGAAACAACCCCCAGGCACAAGCAGGAGUUUUUAGACAAGCCAGAAGAUGUUUUGCUGAAGCAUCAGGCCAGCAUCAACGAGCUGAAGCGGACCCUGAAGGAGCCCAACAGCAAACUGGUUCACAGGGACCGGGACAGGAGGCUGCCUUCCUCACCAGCCUCUUCCUCACCCAAGCACGAGGAUGAAACACCAAAGGGAACCCCUGAAAAGGCCACUGAGACGAUGGAAGAGGACACCUUAGACGAUUUUGCAUCUGAGCAUGGAGCUUCCCUAAGCAUGGAGUCUUUCACACAGAAAAGUCUUGUCUCCUCUCCUGAGGGCUCGGAGCACUGGGUAUUUAUAGAGAGAGAAGCCCCUAGACUGGAAGCUGUAGCUCUGAGGAAAACCCUGAGAGCCAAGACGGACGAAGCACGUGCAGGGAGCUCAGAGGGGAGCGCGAGUGGGAGCCUGACGAAAGUGGAGGUGACAGUAGGGAAAGCCGAGAACAUGGCAGGCCACGAAGAGCCAGCAGCUGCAGCCUUGGAUACGAGGAAGAGAGCCAAAAUGAUUGCUAGUCCCGAGGAUUUUGAGUCUGUGUGGGAGGAUGAGCUCUAUGACAAGGAAAGCAGGGGGGAGCCUGGCCCGAGGGCAGCACAUCCGCCCACAGAGAGCACGGAGGGGGAGCCCCAGGAGCCGGGAAAAGGCGCUGCCACCAGGGAGCUGGAGCUGCCCAAGCCCUGCCAGCAGCCUGAAGAGAGGCUAAGGACCAAGAUUUUGGAGCGAGARCCUCCUCAGGGAGAAGGCGAGAUGCUCCCCAAGGAACGCGCUUCUGCAGUCUGCAGGAAGCAGGAGGCCAGAGUGGCACCCAUGGUCCCAGAGCUCCUGAAAAUUAAAGUGAAGGCUGGUGAUGACAGCUCGGAGACUUCUGCAACCCAGAGGAUUAUCUACUUAGGAGAUCCAGAGGGAGAAGAGAAGGACACUAAAACACACAUGGUCUCAGACACUGGUGGGUGUCUUGGCUUGGAGGAGGAGAGACCAGAAGCCACAGUGAACACAUCUGGAGAGGGAUCGGGGCACAUGGCACCUACAGCAGAAGGGUUCCAACCCCUCUCCUCCGCAAAUCACCAACACAGGACAGUAUCUGCAAAACCUGCUGGARCACCAGAGUGGUCCUACUGUGAUGGGACCAGCCUGGGGGGACGUCCCCUCUCAGGGUGGGAAGAGCUGUCCCUCCAGCCAGAGAAAACCACUGAUGCUGGGGUGUCCAGGGGAGCACCCAUGGGAAAUAACGCCCUGCCGUGUUCCUGGGAGGUGGGAGCAGAGGGGACGAAGCUGCAGAGCCCAGGGGGAGGCUCGAAGCCAUGUGGCCUGGCAGAGGAUGGCCCUGGGGCUGAGGAGCACAGAGGGUCCCCAGACAGCUGCACAGCCCUGGAGGGGCUCUUGGGACGGGCUGGAGAAGACAGUGACAGGGAGGAAAAUGCCAGAGUGGUUCUUCAGAUGGAAGACAUAGAGCCCAAGGCAUCUCUGUCAUCAGCUGGGUCUCAGCAGGGCCACGCUCACACUGUGGGGCUGCAGGGAGACAAACCCAGUGCUCCUACCCCUCCACCUCUGCCCCAGAAACCCAACCCUGUCCCUGCAGGGCCAUCUCCGGGCACAGACCUGGCCCUGGGCACCACCCCUGCCAGAGGGGUGGCCAUCCCCAAGGGUGGAAGCCUCUCCACAGAGGUGACACUAGCCAGKGGCCCUGAUCCUGAAGUUGAAGAACAAUCCCAAAAUGUGGGAUUUGCCUUAUGGAAAUCACAUCAAGGGACAAGYCCUGUUAGAGGAGAACCACCCCAAAACACAGAUGUGGCAGCGGAGUCAAUCCAGGGCAGAGGCCCAGCCACAAGGGAGGUGGCCCAGGACAUGGACCCUGUCAUAGCACAGAGCAAGGUCCCUGCCACUGAAGAGCCACUGCGGGAGGAGAAGCUCAAGAUCAAAGAGCUCUUCCAGGACUCAAGAGCAGGGAAGCCAACUAGAGAUGAAGGCUCUGGGAUGGAAGAACUGUCCCAUGACAAAAGCCCUGGCACAGCCAAGAUGUCCCCCAAGGCAGAAGAACCUGAACACCAGACUGAGAUCAUCCUGAGAGACCUGCCCCCAGGGGGCCCCAUGGCUAGAGGGCCUCUCCACACUGCAGAUCCCAAAGCACAACACUGGGACGAGUUCAGUGUGAGACAAGAUCUUCAGGGCAGGAGCUGKACAGUCGGAGAUACCACCAGGAACAGUGCCCUGGCUCUGGGGCAGCCACCACAGGAUGAGGCUSCUCCCAAAGAAUCUGCUGAUGUCCCACACUUCAAGUCCCCUGUAGCAGGAUUGUGCCAAGGAAGCGAGACAUCCCAGCUCUCUGCCUUGAGAGCAGGCGUGAGGGAGGGCCCCGAGGAGAGGGUGAAACCACCCCGACACAGGGCCCCUGAGAGCGACACUGGCGAUGAGGAGCCYGACCAGGAGAAGGACUCAGUCUUCCUGAAGGACAACCACCUGGCCAUCGAGCGCAAGUGCUCCAGCAUCACUGUCAGCUCAACCUCCAGCUUGGAGGCAGAGGUGGACUUCACUGUCAUCGGGGACUUCCACGGCACAGCCUUUGAGGACAUCUCCCGGAGCCUGCCUGAGCUGGACAAGGACAAGAGUGAAACGGAAGAUGAAGGCCUGGUUUCCUUCCGGCACACUGACAAAGUAGUUCCGGGACUGGAAGAGGACGUCAAAGGCAGGGAUAAGGUCUUCCAGCCCAGCCCAGAUGUCUCUCAGCCAGAGCCUUCAGCCCCUAAAGCUGAUGCUGUGCCCGUGAAGAAGCCCGAAGCAGAAGGCUCCACUCCCCAUCGGGUCAGCACCACAGACACGGCUCAGGUGGACGGAGGCACCCCAGGCAGCAGGGACAUUAGCACCACUGCCCAGGCUGGCAUCGCAGAGGCGGCGCUGGCGACCUCAGAUCAUGGCACCAAGGCUGGCAAAGGGGCUGCUCCCACCACAGACCUUCGCUCCCUGUCACCGAUCUCCGGUGGCUCCGCUGGGAAGGACAUGCUCACCAGCAUAUUCAGCGCCACUGCAGAAACACUCUCCACGUCCACCACCACCCACGUUACCAAGACUGUGAAAGGGGGUUUCUCCGAGACCCGGAUAGAGAAGCGCAUCAUUAUCACGGGAGAUGAAGACGUAGACCAGGACCAGGCACUGGCUUUAGCAAUCAAAGAGGCAAAACUCCAGCACCCUGACAUGCUGGUAACCAAAGCUGUGGUGUACAGAGAAACAGAGCCCUCUCCAGAGGAAAGGGACAAGAAACCUCAGGAAUCUUGACCAACAUGUUCCUGGAAGUCAACAUCUGUAUUCCAACCCGGAGAACAGGGGAGAAGGAGCCUUCAUGCUGAAUUUGUCAGCAAGACACAGACAUCCUGGCUGCAAUGUUCAUGGCGAGAGACAAAAAAUUUUUAAAAAAGGAAUAGCAAAUAUAUUAUAUAUAUAUAUACAUACAUAUAUAUAUAUAUAUAUAUAUAUAUAUAUAAACAGGAAACAAAAUGCAUCCUUGCACUGCUGCUAUAUGCUGGAAAUGAAUAGCAAACAGCACCACCAACAAACAAAGCCAACCCUCUGCAGAUAAACGGAAGAUUUUCCUGGAUUGGUGAUCAAAUCAGAUUUAAAGUCAUAAUAAUAACAAUAAUCUCAGUAACAACACAAUAAGCCACCAUCUUGCAUGUUACAUGAAAGGACAUACAAUCAUGAGUUCAUUUGUUGCACAUUGAAUGGAAAGGAAAACUGCUUUGCAACAAAGCAAGUAAGCAAAUUGAAAUAAAAAAMCACAAGCAGAAAUAAAACCAUUCCCCACCUCUGGAAAGAAGAGAGAAAAACAUUCAAGUUAUGACUUUACAGUUAUUUUCCAAUUCACAAGUGUCAUUUCGCCCUUCUCCUCAUUCCAUGCUGGUUUUUUGCUUUUUUUUUGGGGUUCUGUUAACUCUUCCCCCUCCCUUCCUUAUCUUCUCUGUGCACUUGUCUGACCUCUUGUUCUCUGAAGGUAUUUAGGAAUGGGUUUCAUUUCAAACAAAGCAAAUGAUAUGUACAUGGUUUCUCAUCUCUAACGAGCAGCCUGUGGGGUUUCAUAUGGAUGUGCAUUUCAGUUCUGUAUAUUAUUCUAUAUAACAGAGGGGGAGGGAGGGAACAAUGCUGAAAUAAUCCAACAGUGCUAGUACAGACGAUGCCGACGUUUUUAAAUUAUUAACUCUUGGAUUGACUGUGGUUGGUAUAUUUGGAGACUCUUAGAUCACGUGUGGGACUCUGAAUCCUGCAAGAAGGGAAUGGGGAAGGUUUCGACCGCUGCUGGUUGUGGGAAGAGGGGAGAGGGCAAGGGACAGGAAUGUCCUGCUGGCUGAUCUGCAGUGUGUGGUGGUGGUGAGAUUURGAGGGGCAGCAGUCACCUGGAGGGGCAGGGAAGGCUCUAGCUCCGGCAGCCGUAGGCAGGAUGGGUUCCCAGCCSCCCAGAGCCGCGGGAUCAGGUGGGAGCCAGGGGAGCCGCAGGGCUCAGCACUCCCCUCCAGCCCAUGGUGGGUGGGGUGGGUUUGCUUUAUUUCUGGAUCCCAGUAAUGGAAUUCCUUGAGCUUUGUAGUAGGGUCGAAGGAAGAGGGGCUGUUUGUGCCCUGCCUCCCCCUGCCCAGGUGUGAUGGCAGAGGGCUGGGGACAGCGCUGGCAGGGCCAUGGCAGUGCUCCCCUGACCUGCUGAGGGAUGGGAAGUGGAGGGACCAUGCUGUGUCCAUCCCUGCCAAAUGUCCCCAGCAUCCCAGGCUGGGUGGGAGCGCCCAGGAGGUGCCAGAGGAGYUGCUCCCAGCUCGACCUUCAACCACAGACUCUCUCCAGGGCUGCCUUUGGAAGGGGAUCGUGGGCCAAGCCCAGGGCCCCGUACACUGUGAACCAGGCAGGUCGGGUAGGCUUGGAACCAAAAGCACAAAGGAAAGGAAAGAAAUGGGUUUCCUUCUUGGGAUUGUCUCUAGCUCCUGCAGAAACAGAAGGGCCCGUGACUCUGCACCAUUUUGCCUUUAGUCUCCCACCCCUCACACACACUGUGCCCAGGAAUUGGUGUGUCCUGCAGGUGCUGCCGGGGCUCGCAGGAUGCCCAAGCAAAGCGCCUGUGCCAUGGGCAGACCCUGCUGCCACCUUUGCUGUSCCAGAAGGGAGCUACUCCCUGGCAGCUACUCACCAGUAGCAUAUCAGUGUGUCCCUGAGGAGUCUGUGCUCUUGGCACACAGGUUUCUUCUGCAGGUGUGGAAGGCAAGAGCACAGGGGCUGCUGCCAGUGCCAGUGCCAGUGCUGCUCCCCAGUGUCCCACCAAGCGCUUUCAGAGAGCACAGCCCCAACCUAAAAGCAGUUAAGGCAGUUGCAAAGASGCUCCUUUUCUCUCUUUUGUUUCCCCAAUGCACCCAAGCCAGCUGUGCCCAGCAGUGGCACURCCAGGGGUGGUGGAGAGCUGGGGUCUGCCCACCGUGCUGGCAUUCUCCAGUACAUGGCACAUUUUGGACUUGGCGGAGCCCACCUGGCCUGAGCACCCCCACAGCCCACCCAAGGCCACUGUGACCCUCCAGACUCACUUUUGAAGUUGUGCACUGGGAAGCGAAGGUUUCCGUGGGAAYGAGCAGCCAGGCAGAGUCAGGCUCCCAGUGUGCUUGGACUGCCAUGAGUUCAGUUUGCAGUGAGCAGCCCUGGCUCCCACAGCGUGUGCAUGGGUGGCAAUGUUGAAAACUAUUUUUUUUAAAGAGGGAAAAAAAAAGGAAAGAAAAAAGCUCACUGCUUGUUCUCCUGGCAAGGUGUGGCUUUCUGCUGCUCAACCCCAGCCUGCCCAUCACCACGYUCCGUUUUGGAUAGCUGAUCACUGCUUGUUUUCUUCCAGGGGCCUUUCUGUGAAAAGGGGUGGGAGACACGAGUGCCUGUUUUUACUCAAUCCCACAAAUUCAUUCUGAACCUGGCCUGCGAUUGCAUGAGUAAUAAUAACAGUAACAGUAACAAUAAUAAUAAUAAUAAUAAUAAUAAUAUUUAUUUUUAUUUGAGAAGCACCUUACCAACCAACUGCAACUGUUGUUCUUUCACUAACUCUCCUUUUCUCUUCCCUUGUUCUCCCUCUCCCCCUUUGGUCAUACUCCUUUUCAGUGCUUGGUGGUGUAUGCGUGUGUGCUCACUGUUCUUGUAUUCAAUAAAAGUGAAAUAAAUGUGUUUGAUGCUAAUCAGC